CCCUUUUUGGCGGGGCAAGGGAAUGAGCACCAGCGCUAUGGUGAAAGAGAUUUCAGGAAUGCGCUCAAGGUAUGAGAAUCUAGGAGCUCCAGGAAAGGAUUGGGCGGCAAGGUGCUACUCACCUGGAGCCACCACAGAAUGGCUCUUUCAAGUGAACAAGAUCGAGGGCGAAGGGUUUGAUACCUUGGAGGAGACCCAACAGGCAAUCCACAAGGAUGGAGUCCUGGAGAUGGAGAUGCACGACGACUGUGACGAGCGGAUCAAGAACGUCUGGGGGCUGAAUCAAGCACUGGUGCCAUGGUUCUUUGGACAGGGUGAGGAGAAAUUCGGCAGUGGAGGGAUUGGUUUGCUUCUCGACUCUCACAAGUCGAUGUUUUGCUUCACUCGUCCGAGCAUCGCCGGGAGAAUCAGGAACUUGUCCGAGAUUGUCUACGUAGACAACAAAGACGGCAAGCAUUUCUUCAUGCGACCCGAGAGAAUCGAUUCAGCGCUCAGGGGUCUCAUGAGGAAGACGAGCAGAGAUCUUGGCAGGAUUCUCAGCAGCAGCAGAUCACAGGACAAGACCACGAAGCUGCUCAAACUCGGCGGGAGGUUCUUCUUCCAGUACGAGAGCAUCCAUCCCUUUGUGGAUGGAAACGGGAGAACUGGAAGGAUCAUGCUGGCACACAUCUUGCAGAGCGUGACGAUGGUCUCUCCCAAUGUUCUUCUGGUCGACAAGCCUGGAGGAAGCUGGCGAAAGGCUCCCGACUUCGUGGACAGGGACGACUAUUUGGAAUGUUUCAGGAUCGCUCAGGGCUCGGUCGAUGAAGUCCCGAGGGAUAUCACUGCGAUGGUGAUCGAGGGUGUUUACGUGGGAUGGAAAAGAUUCUUUGGAGCCCUCCAAGAUGCGUUUCCCAGUAUUCGUGUUGAGCGUAGGCUGGAUCACGCUCACUCGAGGGACGAAGAUGAUCGACCAAGAAAACGAAGAAGAAAGAAGUAAGCUAUAGAUCAAACAAAACUAAAUUUUGGUAAGACGGUUUGUAUUGUAAGAGUGAUUAGUUUAACUUGGUUCUUUUAUGGCUUAAUAGAGAAGUCUUAGAUCAUAUCGAUGGCUUCUUUGCAAUUGGUAUUUCGCCAUCGCUUCACAGCGCCAUCGUCCUCGCCAUCGCCGUCUAGCCAGGGACCGAGGCUCCAGAGCAUUCCCGGGCGAUCCCAGUCCUCUGUUCUUCGCGGAUCCACGCUGCGCGCCUCAGGAGUCGCAUCCAAGAUGGACGUCCCGGUCGAUUCCAUCGAAACAUCUUCGCGGACGACACUGUAUCCGGCAAUCCAGCCCUAUGCCACUGGUCAUCUUGAGGUUUCGGAGCUUCACUCCAUAUACUGGGAAGAAAGCGGGAAUUCUGAUGGUCAGCCUGUCGUCUUUCUUCACGGUGGUCCUGGCGCUGGAACUAGCGGUGGCAACAGGAGAUUUUUCGACCCAGAGUUCUAUCGAAUCAUUCUUUUCGAUCAGCGUGGUGCUGGGAAAAGCUUGCCGCAUGCUUGUUUAGACGAGAACACUACCUGGGAUCUCGUGAAAGAUAUCGAAAAGCUACGAAAGCAUCUGGCAAUCAAUAAAUGGCUGGUCUUUGGAGGUUCGUGGGGAAGCACUUUAGCUUUGGCAUACAGUGAAUCUCAUCCAGAACAGGUUGCAGGAAUAGUCGUAAGAGGUAUUUUCAUGCUCAGGAAGAAAGAAAUCGACUGGUUUUACCAAUACGGAUGCUCUGCCAUUUUCCCGGAUGCUUGGGAGGCUUAUCGUGACUUCAUACCUGAGGAGGAACGCAAUGACUUCGUCGGUGCUUACCAUAGGAGACUUAACGACGAUAAUAUAAACGUCCAGUUGGCAGCGUCAAAAGCUUGGACAAACUGGGAAUUAGCGACCUCAUAUCUUCUUCCAAAUGAGGAUUCCCUGAAAAGAGGGGAAGAUGAUCGAUUUUCUCUGGCAUUUGCUCGAAUCGAAAACCAUUAUUUUGUAAAUAAGGGCUUCUUUCCGUCGGAUUCGUUUCUGCUGGACAAUGUUGACAAAAUACGCCAUAUUCCAGCGGUCAUCGUGCAGGGUCGAUAUGAUGUAAUUUGUCCUAUGAUGUCAGCCUGGGACUUACACAAAGCAUGGCCGGAAGCCAACUUCAAAGUUAUUUCAAACGCCGGCCACUCCGCGAAUGAGAAGGGGACAACGGCCGAGUUGGUGUCUGCCUGCGAGUUCUUCAAGCAUUCCAGCUGCUAAGAUUCCGGUUUAAGACUUGGCUAUCUUCUAUGUUUUCUAACAUUCGUAUCUGGUGUUAAUUUAGAGCCAUGGUGAAAA